AACGCGGAUGCAGCUAUACAAACCGGGAAAAUGCGUAAUAUGAGUUAAAGAAGCACAGUUUAUGAUUCCAGUAUUGUCAGAUUUUAUUGCUGAUUUGAAAUAUGUUCUUUUACCAUAAUCUUGACCAACCGUUUUUGAGAUUUUGGUCUUUCUCCAUUCAAGUAGAUAGGAGCUGCACUUGCAUGGCUGGAAAUAGUUUUCCGGGAGCGUUUCAAAGAUGGCCGACAGUGGACUGACUUGCUGGAGCUACUUUGUUUUUAAAACGACUACACGGUUGGUUGCAAAGACUGGUUGCCUUCAACGUUUUCUUUCAAACCUCUUCUGCCGUUAAACUUUGUUAUUUUUUAACCACCUUCGCUGACUAGGCUAACUUACUGACUAGAUUCUCAUAAUAAUUACUUAUUUUAGUAGGUACAUUUUUUUGUAAAACAAUGAGCCGUCUUAUUAAAGUUCAGGAGAUCAAAUCCUCUGAUACAGGCCAACAUGAGGAGGAAAAGCCUCAACAGAGAGCACAGAUUGUUCGAAAUAAAGUCAACACGUUUAAUGAGCAACCGCAAGAGGAGCCUAAAAGCAAUCCAAAGUUUUGCAUAAAGGAUGUGAUUGAUCCGGAACGAUACAGACGUCUCAGGAAGGAAGAUAAUCACUUGGUGAGGUUUGAAAUAAAUCCACAGAGACCAGACAUCAUUACCACAGAAAAACGCAGACUAAACCGCGUGCUGAACCGCCAUGCCAAAUUCCCUCCCUUGAAAAUGUUUGCACACUGGAUCUUAGAGAGUGAUCUGUUUCAAAAUAUGAUUGUUUUUCUCAUCGUUUUGAACGUUGUUGUACUGGGGAUAGAAGCAGAGUUUCAUGACAAUUUAGACCCGAGCUUAGAAACUCUUCAUACAGUUCUUCAAGCAAUGAACUGGGGUAUACUGGAAGUUUUCUUUUUGGAAAUCCUAUUAAAAUGGCUCGAUGAUUUCUGGCUAUUUUGGGAAAGUAAAUGGAACAUCUUUGACUUUGCUGUAACUGUACUGCCUGUUCUCCCUGAGUUUCUCCCAGAGUCCUCCGAAGAUGCAAUCAUAUCUCAAAAUUUGUUAAAACUACUGAUUCAGUUUCGCAUCCUCCGUUGUUUGAAGAUCAUUUUCAAAUUCCGAGAGAUGCGUCUUAUUUUGCUGGCGAUCUUCAGUGCAUGUAAGGCCACGAUUUGCGUAAUUCCGCACCUGUUGAUAAUCUUUUACAUUUUUGCUGCAUUUGGAGUCCACUUGUUCAGAGAUUACACCACAUCCAACAUUCAAGGUCUUCACUACAAAGAAGAUUUCAAAGAUCUCCCAAGUUCCUUCAUCACACUCUUCACCAUUUUUACCAUGGAUCACUGGCGUAAAUUACUGGAAGACACUCGCAGAGUUCCAGAGCUGAACCAUCCCGUCUGUGAAUUUUUUAUUAUUUUCUGGCUUCUGUUAGCAGCCAUCAUGUCCAGCAAUACUUUUGUGGGUAUUGUGGUGAAUUCCUUCCAGGUUAUGCGAAAUAACCUCUCCCAAGAGUUGCAUCAAUUGGAAAUCCAGCGCAAGGCAGAAUUUUUCAAAACAUAUGCAAUGAGCAGGAAAAUGAGCCAAUCAAAGGUGUUAAAGGAUCCUCAACAUGACAAAGAUAUUGAAGGACCCUCAACUGUCCAUGAGCCUGAAACAAUUAGCUCAGAUUACAUGCAAAAUAUGAAUGAGGAGCUACAUUGGGAUCAGGGUGUGGAUGAGUUUAUUCUGGCGAUUGAGUACCUGGAGGACUAUGAGACAGUUUACUGGCCUGAAGAAUGCCGCCUCAAAUGCUUGGAGCUGCAAGAAAAGCUCCAGCUCAAACUAGAGGAAAGGCUCCAGCUCCAAAAUAGAGCAGUUCAGUCUUUACUUAACCUGCAUGACUUCUAAGAAAGGAGGAAAACUAAGAAGAAAAUGGCAACCAUGAACCAGUUUUGAGGAAAUAAAUCUGCAAACCUACACUGAGAAGUUUGUUCCCCAUCAUUAACACUAGAGGGGGCACUUAAACAGUGAAAGAUGCUUUCUUUUUGCACUCUGCUCAUCACUCCCAUUAGCACUGAAAAAGUAGUGUAUAGUUUAGAACUGUCUACAAUGCUCUUGAUUAUCCACAAAUAAAAUGACAAUGAGCUUCUCUUUUUCUGAGGAAAUUUUCACUUUAAACUCAAAAAGAGAGACAUCUUUAUGAGAUCUUGUUAUGAGAGCUGCUUGUAGGCAAUUGACAAUUUUCCUGCCCUAGUUUAACAUUAAAUAUUUUACUGGUAGGUAAAACUGAAUAUAAUUUAAGCACAGCUUUACUUUUGUUCACUCUCAAUACUUACUCAAUAACAGUGGUAAAUCCUAAUAAAGCAGUUUGUUAAUUAAAUUGUUAUUAAUUAUUAAGAGUUCAUUAUUUUACACCUGUCUAAAUUCAGUAAGCUGUAUCUAUCCAUCCACCCAUCCAUCCUCGGAUAAUGCCCAAUUAGGACAGACAACUUUGAGCAUUAUACUCUCAAAUGUCACCUUGGAUGAGACUCAUGCUGAGUCCGCUGAGAACGAUGUGACAUUAAUACUUGCAUAUGAAGAACUUGUGCUAAUUAACCUGUACAACACCAAUCUAAACAUUAAUUAUUUUAGUGGGCCAUGGAGUUUUGGCUUUUGUGUGCAACCACAGUUAAAUUCCCAAUAAAACACUCUCUUGAGACAGCAGCAUUGAAGGUCCACCUAUAAUCAAUUUAUAUCGUCACCAUCUUCAACAAAAACACCUUUUAAAUUCUCUGACACCUGAGGCAAUCUUGACAAUGGUUAUAUUAGUAUUACUGCAACACAAUCAAGUAAGUUACAAUGUGACAAAUUAAUAGCGCCACAUUAACACAAUCUUGAAGUACGAUACAUUCACUCCUGUUUUUACACUGGAGAGCAGUAUGACUGAUGUAACAUACAUGUAUGGAUUAGCAUUAGUAGAAUAUUGAAGGAGGAAUGACAGACAGGAAGGGAGGAGCCUGGAGAAAGGAAGACCAAAGAAGGCAUGGGGUUACUACCAGUCUAUUUAACCUGGCUUAUGGGGGCAGGGAUUUUGAUGUCUUGGCCUUU